UCACAACAGAUCAGACUUGGCCGGAGCGAAGUACGAGUACUUUACUUCGGAGCAAUUUCUCCCUGUUUUUGUCCAUUUCGCAGCUUUUUCGUCGCCUUUCUUCGUCGGUCGGAGUUUGUCAGCGCUUGUUCCAGGAUGGUUAAAGUGUCUUUUAACUCGGCUUUGGCCCAGAAAGAUGUGAAAAAGGACGCCGAAACUCUUAUUCCCGAGGAGGACAAAGAUGCGGAGGCCGCUCUGCCGAUGCGUCACCAGUCCCGGGCCUGGUGCUGGUGCAUGUGCCUGGGUCUGGCCCUCAUGCUGUCUGGAGUGGUGGUGGGAGGAGCCUAUCUGUACCGCUACUACAUCCUGGAGGUGAGCAGCCAUCCCCGGCAAGGGUGGGGAAGUGUCUCCGACACCAAUGAGGAGGGGCAGGUGUUCGUCUGCGGGGUGAACUACCGCGAGGAAGACUUCAUGAUCCGGGAGGAAGAGGAGGUGGAGGUGGAGCUGCCAAGCCAGUUCCACCUGCGGCAGCUGGAGGAGAGGAUCCAGGUGCUGGAGAGGGAGCAGGUGGAGCUCAUCAACGUCCCCGUGCCGGAGUUCGACGACGGAGAUCCAGCAGACAUCGUCCACGACUUCCAGAGGAGGUUGACCGCCUACCUGGAUCUGAGUCUGAACAAGUGCUACGUCAUCCCGCUCAACACCUCCAUCGUCAUGCCCCCCAGAGACUUCCUGGAGCUGCUCAUCAACGUCAAGGCCGGCACCUACCUGCCUCAGUCUUACCUGGUCCACGAGGAGAUGAUUGUGACCGAGCGCCUGGAGCGCGUCGACCAGCUCGGCUACUUCAUCUACAACCUGUGCCGCGGCAAAGAAACCUUCAAGCUGCAGCGCAGAGACAGGAUCCUGGGCAUGCAGAAACGUGAAGCUCUGAACUGCCACAAGAUCCGUCACUUCGAGAGCACGUUCGUGGUGGAGACUCUGAUCUGCGAGCCUUAAGACGCCUCGUCGCCUCACACCUGCUCUUAAAGUCACUGGCGUGCAGUGAGAUUGUGUUUUUAAUCCUCACCUGUCCUUUUUUUUUUUUUUCCUCUGUCCUUUACUUCAGGUAGUUUGAGUGAGUGAGCGGAGUGAAAUGUGAAGCUGUGUGGUAAAUAUUAAUUGAUUGUGAAAUAAAAAAGGUGAAGAGUCAUGUAUUUUUCCACUUUCUGUACGGGGGUCUUCUUGGAAGCUUUUCAAAAAAAAUAACAAGCUAAAAGACAGUAUAGUAUAAAAGAGUAAAUUAUUUUAAUCAAAAUAACUGCAGUUACAGCAUGAACAUAUAUUUUAAUAGACAUGGGUAGAUUUACAGUUUGCUUUUUCCUUCAGUCCAAACAUAAAUUUCAAGAGAAAGGGCGACUUUUGUACCACUCACCCUGGUUUUCCCAGGGAGACUUGUUGUUUUUGUAUUUUGUCUGCUGUAGCUAUUAAUACACUGCACCUGUUCUUAACUGGAAAAUGGUCUUAAAAUAAGAGUGUGGACACGUGUCUCUCUUGUUCAGCUUUAAGAAUACGUUGGUAGAAGAGCUGAGUAGGAAAACAGGAAAUUAAAAAUAAACUUCACAGCAGAGAGUUCACAGCAAACACACACUUGUGUUAAAAUCUUUUUCAUGAGGGUUGUCUGUCUUUUUUUUUUUUUUUUGAAUGUGUAAUUUUUUUGGAUAAUUCUUUUUGUUGUACUAAUUUGUGUAUAUAAUCUCUUCAAAGAUAUGACCAGACCAACACAAUAAACAAAACAGAAAAAACA